AGUUUUACUGUAAAUGACAUCUGAAGGAAGUGGUGGAUGUAGUUCCGGUGAUUGGUCUCUUGUCGACGUUGUCUUUAAGAAGACAGAUGAACUCCACAGUGAUAUUGAAGUGAUCAGCAAUCCCCCAUCAGAAUCGGAUCCUGUCGUCAACAUGGAGGACGUGCUAAAGCAGCCCCCUCGCCUGCUUUACUCUGAAGUUGUACAGAAACCACCAGUUUUCGAGUCAGACAUUGAGUUCGUGCCGGAACCUUUAACUCCAGAACUUGAGUUUGACGACGAGGAGUAUCUGAAUGAAGUGUUGAAAGCUGCCAAAGUAAGCUCAGAAUCGUCGUCUGAGUCGGAUGAUGAAACAUGUUGCUUUCCAGCCAAUAUUCACGAGAUGAAUCCAGCUAUGACUGACGAGGAGAUGGAAGAGAAAGAAGUUGUUCUGGAGGUCAAUUUGACGCUGCUCUCAUUCACUAUAAUAGUGGGGGUGUCUGGAAUGUCAGGCUUCCUGUUGGGUGGUAUCUAUUCUGCUGUGCUCACUAACAAUAUUACUCACACAACUGACCUUGCUGAAUAUCCUGGCAUCCUGCCGAGGUUCCUGUACAGUGACCCAGUAACGUGCCCCCUAGCUGGUUGUGAAUCUCGCUUGUUCCGAGUUGAAGAGAACAUGAAACAUCUGAAGAAUACUCUGUCCCACGACGUACGAGACUGUCAUGAAAAACUGAAAAGAGUGGAAAAGCAAAACUCUGCAAAAGAACUUGAAAAUGUACAAGAAAGUCAGGUAGCGGAUUCUAGCGCUAAAAUUAACUACUUAAAGGAACGAAACUCCAAACACUACUUCAAAAAUAUUGCUGAAAAAUACAGCAACAUGCUGGAAAUUAUGGAGAGGAAAUACAUCAAGACAAAGUCCCGACAACAACAGCUUGGACAAGAGUUUGAGGAGCUGAAGACUCUAGCCUCUGAGAUGGAACUGAACCUGGAGGCAUGCUCUAACGACACUAUCAGGGCAGAAAACAAGGCUCAAAAUGCGAUGAAAUCCAAGCAAUAUGUUGAAAGCAUGCUUAUCAAUCGAAUAAGUAACGAUAAAGAAGCGUACAAGAGCCUGAAAGAAAUGUACCAGAACCAGAAGAAUAUCAUCUCGGAAAUGGAGACUCAGCGAUCAACCUUACAAGAAUCUCUUGUCAGAAAAAUUUCUUCUAAUCGAAAAAAAUUCCUCGCAGCCAAAUUAAAGCUGGAAAACACUCUUGUAGCAGUUGGAGCCAACAAGAAAAAUACAUCUUCUAAGUACGACUUAAAAUCAAAAGUAGGAAAAUGUGGUGAGCAGAAUGAGAUAAAGGAGGAACUUGAUGAGAGCAAGGUUGUGAUAGCAGAAUACCAGGAACAAAUGGAAGUUUGCCAGAGUUACAUCAAACAGAUAGAAACUAAUCUCUUAAAGCUCCGUGAGGAUGUUAUUAUGAGGGAGGCUAUUCAACGGGAAUAUGUGCUCUCUCUAUCCAGAGAGCACCAGGCUGAACUAACUUCAAUUCACGCUCACUACAAAUCUCUAUCUAACGCCUCAUCUGAUAAUCUCUCUCUCAAGUCCGAUGCGUACGAAACACUAAAGAAAGAGCACGACGAGAUUGUCGGGGUAUUGAAGGAAAAAGAGAGCUAUGGAAGGUACUGGAAGGAUGCAGCCAAGUUGCAGCAACAUCAGGCACAUGUCUUGUCUAGCGAGCUAGAGAGUUGUAGGAGUGGUAAAGUUAUUGCUAUUUCAGAGUACAAGCAGACAACUGAGAUGCUGUUAGAGCUUAUACAGGGAGUUGCUUCUAGACCUAAGUGUGAUAUCUCAUCACUUCUACUCUAUAUCCCACCCUACUACACGCCUCUUCCACCCAACUACACGCCUCUUCCACCCCACUACACGCCUCUUCCACCCAACUACACGCCUCUUCCACCCAACUACACGCCUCUUCCACCCAACUACACGCCUCUUCCACCCAACUACACGCCUCUUCCACCCAACUACACGCCUCUUCCACUCUUCCCAAUACUUCAUGAACACGUGUUUAAUACGUCAGCGAGUCAGGUGGCCAAGAAGUUGAAGGAGGAGAAAGCGGCACAUGAUGCCCAUAUUAGGAGUGGUAACGUUUCACUACUAAAACAGAUCUUCAACUCAACGAGUUCCGCAGAGUCUGAGCUAGAAACCUGCUACUCGACUAUCUCCACCCUCUUUCCGGGGAUUCAGCCUCACACUCUUGCUGACGUCAUCAAUAUGACCCAGUCACGUGACCAGGAAUGCAGCAGGAAGAUGUCCUCCGCUCUCGAGAAAUACUGGGGAAAAGUCGACAAAACCUACUCUAAACUCCACAAAAAGAGGCUGCAGUCUGAUGAAGACGAAGGUGAGGACGAGGAUUGGUAUUUUAAGAGGUUUAAGUCAACAGAUAACUCUGAUGCUUAUCCCAGAGGAGCGUCAAGGAGGGAAGGUAAAGCAUACUACUCGAGGGUGGGGAGAGAGGACUGGUACCUAUCUGGGAGAGAUCGCAAGGGCCACUACUCCUACGUCAACAAACAGAGAACCAAUCGUGACAACAAGAACCAGAAGUGCGAGUUGUAGAGAUUAUAUUUAUACAUGUUAUACAUGUUAUAAUGAUAGUGACUAACAUCGUAACAUGUCAACAUGGCAAAAGCUAGAAUUGGGACGUUAUACACUAAAUAUAGCAACCCCCGGCUUUGCGAGAAGCGAAAAAGACUUGAUGAAUACACAAAACUGUAAAUAAAUGAGAAGUAUAUUAUCUAGAAUUUUUAUUCAUUUUAAGAAUUCCAAAUUUAACAGCUUAUUUGAACUGUUAACAGCUUGUUUAGUUACUCUGCUAGUUUAAGAUCGAUUUUAUAGAGAUUGUAAUUAUAGUGACUAACGUGGCACUAAAAACUAGAAUUGGGACGUUGUAGUGUACUUGUACACUAAUUCUAAGUAACGACCUUCGGCUUUUUGAGAAACGAAAAAGACCUAAUGAAUAUAAUACAAAACUGUAAAUAAAUGAAAAUGUCUAUUAUCUAUUUAAUAUUUGGCCCCCGGAAUACGGAUAACAAUAUUUGAAUUUUGAUUUUUUUAAAGAAUUCUCCAUUUAAUUAUCAUUAAUCAAUAUGAAUAAUCAUGCUAAUUUAGCUGCCAAGGAAAUGUCAGAUUUAGAUUUUAUUAUGGAAGCAAUUAUAAAGUGUAUUUGAAUUUUAUUUCGAACUUAACAUAUCUAA